AUGAUAUCCGACCAGCCCAGCUUGACAGCUUCACAGCUCUACCACCAGGCGAUCAUGGGAACAUCAAGGUCUCGCGCGCCUCCGAAGGCGCCCGCAACGCCCACCCAACAUGCGGAAACCUCGCGCCAUCUGCCCGAAAACACCUUCAUCAUCGACAAUGGCGCAUACAUGAUGAAAGCCGGCUAUGCGUCCACUCUCCCACCCAGCGAAGCUGUUUCAGCCUGUUCUCAGAUCCCGAACACACUCGUCAAGACCCGGGACAACAAGAUCGUGGUCGGGGCUCAACUCUCCACCGUGACUGACUGGAAUGAGGCGAUGUUCCGCCGCCCGGUGGAGAAGGGCUACAUCGUGAAUUGGGAAGCAGAGAGGGAAAUCUGGGACCAAUCGUUCUUCGAGGAGAAUGCGGCGGGGAACCAGAGCUCCAGAAUCGCCAAUCCCGAAGACACAACGCUUAUCCUUACCGAAGCGCCGAAUGCUAUGCCCAUUCUACAACGACACACGGAUGAGAUGGUGAUGGAGGAGUGGGGGUUCGGAGGAUACACGAGGUGUCUAGGUCCGACUCUCAACGCGUGGAACGAAAUCCAUUCUCUUUUCGGGGAUCCGCUCACCAAGACACAAGAUGCGUUACCGGCGGAUUGCUUACUGGUGGUUGAUUCUGGCUACUCUCAUACGACAGUGACUCCAGUCUAUAAAGGCCAAGCGUUACAGCGCGGAAUCCGACGACUUGAUCUUGGAGGCAAGCACCUCACGAACUACCUGAAGGAGAUUGUGUCAAUGAGACAAUACAAUAUGGUCGACGAAGCAUAUAUCAUGAACGAAGUCAAAGAGGCAGUUUGCUAUGUGAGCAAUGACUUUGGAGGCGACUUGGAGAAAACAUGGAAAGCAAAUCGGAAGCGUCAAGCCGCCGAGGACGGGAUCGUGUUGGAUUAUGUCCUACCCGACCCAAACGCCAACAAAAAGGGCUUCAUUCGACCGCACGAUCCGCUCAUGCAUGCCAAAAAGAAGAAGGGGGCGGUUUCCGGACUCAGCGCCGAGGUCCUAUCAGAGGACGUGCUAGUGCUCGGCAACGAGCGCUUCACGGUCCCCGAGCUCCUAUUCACCCCCGGGGAUAUAGGCAUGAACUCAACCGGUAUUCCCGAUAUGAUCCUGCAGGGUCUCUCGGCCCUCCCGCCUGGACUGCACUCCGCCUUCCUAGCCAAUGUAUUGGUGGUUGGAGGAAAUGCCCUGAUUCCAGGGUUCAUGCAGCGACUAGAAACCGAACUACGGCAGAUCGCUUCUGCCGAAUGCGUUGUGAGAGUCCGUCGUGCUGAAGAUCCUGUUCACUCGGCUUGGCUGGGCGGUUCGCGCCUAGCAAGCAACCGGGAAGAGCUCAGCAAAGUGGCUAUCACUCGCCAGGAGUAUCAAGAAUAUGGGUCUGGAUGGGCCGGUCGACGAUUUGCAGGCAUAGUCUAA